UCUCUCUCUCUCUGCUUCAACGGGCAAAUUAGGCUUAAGGUUUUGUACCUGUGAUCAGAUGUGGUGAAAGUUGUGACUUCACGGUUUGUUUAGGAAAAAGAAAAAAAAUGGAGGAUGAGUGUAUAGAGAGUAAGCAAUCAACAGCUGUUUCUCCCUCUUCUGUGUCUGAAGGCAGUAGUAGUAGCUUCCUCAAGUCACCUGGUGCUGUUCCAACUGCUACAGUAUCUUCAACGCAUAGGAGGACGAGUGGUCCUAUGAGGCGAACCAAAGGCGCCGGCUGGACAACGGAAGAGGAUGAGAUAUUGAGACAAGGAGUUUGUAGGUUUAAAGCCAAGUCCUGGAAGAAAGUAGCUGAGUUUCUCCCUGAUAGGACUGAAGUUCAAUGCAUGCAUCGGUGGCAGAAAGUUUUGGAUCCAAACCUUAACAAGGGACAUUGGACGCAACAGGAGGAUGAGACAAUCGUUGAGCUUGUUGAAAAAUACGGGCCUAAGAAAUGGUCUCUUAUAUCACAGUCUUUGCCAGGUCGAAUUGGGAAGCAAUGUAGAGAGAGGUGGUACAACCAUUUGAAUCCUUGUAUCAACAAGGAGGCUUGGACCCCAGAAGAAGAGUUAGCUCUCUUGAAUGCUCAUGUAAUCUAUGGAAACAAAUGGGCUGAAAUUGCUAAGGUCUUACCCGGCAGAACCGACAAUUCGAUAAAGAACCAUUGGAACAGUUCAUUGAAGAAGAAGUCAGAGUUCUUAUUAGCUAAUGGUAGCUUACCACCAACACCCAAGUAUGCUACUACCAAGCCCACUCCUGCCAAGCCAGUGAUGGCAGUAACUACAUCAGCAAAGAAUGGUGUUCUCGAUGGUGCAACUACACAGUUAAACAAACCUAAUGAAGAAGGAAAAGACCAAUCAAACUCUUCUGUUCUGCCCCAAGAAGUAGUAGCUGCUUCACCAGUCACCAGUGUUAGUGAGUACGCUUGUUCUCCUCAGUUGCCUAACCCAGAGAAUGGUUAUCAACGUUACUACAAGCCUCAGAGAGAGCAGUACAUGGCGUCAGAAGCGGAUAAGCAGCGUAUGUAUGGUUACGAAUACGGUUGCAGUCCAAGCACACCACCUGUUAUCUUCUUCACUCCACCACCGCCUUGUAGAAAAGAGUACAGUAACGGUUCAGCUCGAACCAGUCUUGAAUCUUUCUUGAGAGAAGCUGCUAGAACAUUCCCAAACAUGCCUUCUAUUAUCAGGAAAAGACCACGCAAGUUUGUUGUUGCGCCGGAUCACAACAAAACAGAUGAAGAAGAAGGUACUAAAGAGGUUGUUGAUGAAAAGGUGACCACUGAUUGUGAAGAAGAAGAAGAAGAAGAAGAAGAAGAAGAAGAGAAGCAGAACAAUGGGUCAAACGCUUACUAUAUAUCUCCUCCAUACCGGAUAGGAUCCAAAGGAAGAGCUGUGUUCAAGUCAAGACAGCUCGAGUUCAUCACUGCAGAGGAAGAGAAGGCUGAUGAUGAAACCAAAUUACCUGAGAAAGAUAAAGUUGCUUGAUGGAAGAGAUUCUCAACUCCCAAGCUAAAAAGGAUAUAUAUUAUUCUUUUGACAGGCUGAUGUUUUAUAUUUGGCUUUUUAGUAUUUUUUUA